AUGAGCUCGUAUCAUCAUGGAGCCUCUCUUGGCCAGGAAUAUCCAGCGCCUUCGCUGCCGACUCCAAGGCAUAUUCGUCUAGUAUCGUUGCUUCCCGGUAGCGAUGAUACGAUUAUUUGUGAGCUCAUCACGGCGGGCUUGAAUUCCGCUCCCCACUACGAAGCUUUAUCAUAUACCUGGGGCAACCCUCUGGAUCGCCGAACUAUAUACAUCAAGACGACGGAACUCGGGGACGCAACGGAAUUCCAGGUCCCAUCAAACUGUUUCUCUGCUCUACGGUGCCUACGACUGGCCGAUCGACCGCGCAUUCUUUGGAUCGAUGCAGUGAGCAUUGACCAGCAUAAUUUCCCUGAGAGAAACCAGCAGGUUACCCUCAUGUCCCAGAUUUACUCUAGAGCAGCGCAAGUCAUCAUCUACCUUGGCGAAUCCGAUGACGGCUGUGAUUUGGCAAUUGAGUUCAUCGUUGAGCCGGACAACCCGGAUCCAGAGACAACGGCAUCGCUCAGUUAUCCCAAGUCAGAGCCAUUACUUCUGGCCCUGAAAAGCUUCUUCAGCCGACCGUGGUUCAGCAGAGUUUGGGUGAUCCAAGAGGCCACACCCUCACACAAAGCUACAGUCUACUGCGGCGACAAGGUGUUUUCCUGGUUUGCAGUAAAAAAUUUCCAACAAUGGAACGUGAGCCAGAAAUGGUUGAAGCAGCUCCCAUUCGUCGUGACUUCUUCAAGAAAAUCUCUGACAGAAUGGACCUCUAGAAAGACGAUGCUCAAUGCUCUCAUUGAAACAAGAUACUGCGCGGCAACGGACCCACGCGACAAGGUGUACAGCUUGCUGCCGCUUCUGCAUGCUCUUGACCAAGAGCUCAAUCUCACAUCGCAAUAUGAAGACUCGGUGGCUAAAGUCUAUACAGAUUGUGCAGCAGCUCUGAUGUUGCCGUGGCAGUUUGAGCUGGUGUUGUGUGCCGUACAGGGCGGAUCGAAUCACAACGACCUGCCGUCUUGGGUACCAGAUUGGAGUAACGAGCCCAGACGAACGAUUAUUGGAGAGAAUGAAGACAUUGAACAUGACAGCGCUUGGACUUCUAAGGGUGUCUCGGGAUACUCCAUGCGAUUAACUUUAUCACCGCCAGAGCCAGCGCUACACAUGACAGGCUAUCCAUGCGGCAAGGUAGCGAAAAUGGGAUCCGCGUACCUUGCCGGUCAAGGCCCAUUUCCGCUAGAUGAAUGGAGGGCUUUAUUGGGCAAGGAGCCUACACAAUCUUUGGAUGCUCACCCAAAUGAGGCUUCUUACGCCGUUGAGGGUUUCUACGCAGUCAUAUGUGCUCGCGAUGUUGCUUACCCUUCGGCUAUUCAUGGAUUUGUGGAAGGGGAUAAGGCAUCAGUCUGGGAAGCUCUUGUUCGUCAAGCAUUGCUUGAAAAAGCGAAUGGGAGUCCAUCAGGCAACAACGGUACUUUGUCUUUUCGAGAUAUCCUUUUUCAUCAAGCAGGCAAGGGUAUGUUUCCGAGCUACAAGGUCUAUGUUCAGAUGAUCUUGCAAAACUGCCACUCGCGUCGCGUCUUCGUUACGGACACCGGGUUUAUGGGACUGGGUCCGGAGGAGACUUGUAUUGGGGACGACGUCUAUGCAGGUGUCGGAGACAAGAUACCGUUCGUGCUCCGAGAGGUUGACAGCGGUUCUAAGCAGCAGGGGACGAGUCGGUUUCGACUUGUUGGAGAGUGCUAUUUGGAGAGCAGAACGUGGAGGGAACUUGAAAGCGAGCCAGAGUAUUUCGACAUUAUAUAG